AUGAGAUUGGUGAAGCAAUAUGGAGUGAGGAAAUGGGCACAGAUAGCUGAGAAGCUUGUGGGUAGAGCUGGGAAGCAAUGUAGAGAAAGGUGGCAUAAUCAUUUGCGCCCUGAUAUCAAGAAAGAUAGCUGGACUGAAGAGGAAGAGAAGAUAUUAGUGGAAGCUCAUGCUGAGGUUGGGAACCGUUGGGCAGAGAUUGCCAAACGCAUUCCGGGGAGAACCGAAAAUGCCAUAAAGAAUCAUUGGAAUGCUACAAAAAGGAGGCAGAAUUCAAGGAGAAAGAACAAACAGACAGAUGCCAAAAAUGGAUCAUCAUCAUCAAAUAAGCCUCCUCAACCUUCCAUACUUCAAAACUACAUAAGAAGCAAGAAUUUCAACAACAAAGCCAACAACAACUCUUCUUCCAAUGUUACCCCUACCCCAAGCAAUAUCAGCACCACUACCCCUACCAGCUCCUCCACUCUCACCCAGGAAGAACCUUCAAAAAUCCCCUUCAACAUUUUUCUCUCGGACCCAUCGGACUUAUCUAGUUGUGAACACUCUCCAUUGAACAUUACAGCUGAUUCCUACAGUGAUGAGGAACUUCUCUUCAUGCAGAACUUCUUCAACAACAACAAUAAUGUUCACAAUAAUAAUCAGCAGCAGCAGCCAUUACCCAUCGACAAUUACAAUAAUGGCCUUACUGCAAAUCCAAUGGAUACUACUGAUUGGUUUGUCACUUCAACUCCAAAACCAAACAUGUACACCAACAGAAACUUCCAAGCAGCUGUUCACAAUGUAGAAUCUCACAUCGGGAAUUCUACAGAAGACCCGCGAUCCAUUAAUCCCCCUACUACCCAUCUCAGUUCUGAUCUCUACCUCUCUUACCUCUUAAAUGGAGGAGCCAGUUCAUCAUCAUCUUCCGCGAAUCAUGAUCAUCAUAUGGGUAAUUACUAUAACAUGAACAUUGAUUUGGUGACUCAUCAACAUCAAGCAGCUUCUGCAACUGAAAGGAGAGAGAUGGAUGUGAUUGAGAUGGUUUCUUCUUCGUCUUCUUCUCAGUUUGCUGAAGGUACCAACACUACUAGCUUCUAUUGA